AUGGCUAGCACAGUUCGACCUUAUCCUGCACGAUGCCCACCCCUUCGGCAGGCCCGAGGGACGUUGCUUAAUACUAUAAUGGAGGAUACCCGGGAGUCACAAUAUAUCAACAAGACUGCUAGCAGUCCGCCGCUUCAGAAACCUGCCAGUAUGGCUAGCCCGAAGUUGGCCAGUCCAAAGUUGACCUUGAAGACCACUGGCCUAUCAGCCCCGACCAAUGCUCGUCUUGCCAAACUUAUGUCGCCUCUCUCUGCAGUUUCUUCAUGUUGCUCUGAUGUGGACUGGCAACGACAAGUGCAAGGGUUUGACGAUCUUUAUGAUGCUACUGAUGAGGAACUUGAAGAUAUCGAUGACGACUCUACUGAUAUCGUUUCUUCGUGUUUCUCUCCGGGAACACGCCCGUCCAGCCUGGUCACACCAAUCACAAGGAAUUCAUACACCUCAACUGGAAGUCGAAGACGCUCGCUGACUCUGGAGAUUCCAUCACCGACCUGCCGGCUAUCGAUGAAUGGAACUCACAAGAGCUCGCCAGUACCUCCAACACCUCCACCCAAGAUUCCUGUCUCUCCUGCAGCGCUUUCUAUGCUGGGUCGAUCUGUACCGGCAUCAUACGCUCCACCCUCGCUCGAUGGAAGUAUUUCGUCUGACCAGGACUCGCAUAUGAGCGGACUGGCCACGCCAGAUACCCAAUCGCUUCCUGACAUGAACUGGGAUGCACGAGACAUUCACGUACGGCCUUAUGCUGAUGGGAGUGACACGGAAGAUAUGGAGCAGGAAAACUCCGAUCUCCAUGACAUUCCAAUUACUAUCGAGGGCCCGGAGGAAGUGGAUUGGAACCGUGUUCUGGGAAGCUUCCCUCAAAUUCCUGCGGCGCUUCAAAAUUCAUACGAUGAGCAGUCCCGAGGGACAACUCCGUCAAAUGAUGGUGUUUUUCUUCCCGAUGGAGCUCUGGCCAUGCUGCAUCACAUCCAACUCGAUGGUGCCCCAGAAACCUACUCCGAAACAUCCGAGGAAAAUGGCGAGAUGUGGGAGCUCCAGCCACCUCCGAGACGUCCUCGAAGCGCUGAUGGUCCUGCACCCGUAUCAGCAGUGUCUGAAAUGUCGUCUUACAGCUUCACCGAGCUGAGCAUUCCUUCCCCUGGAGGGUUCUUUGCUUCGCUCGCUCCUCGUGCUCGCCAUACCUGGUCUAUUCCCAACAUUUCCAACUUGCCUCCAUCCUCGGCCGUGGCAGAGCGGUUUUACAAUCUACCAUGGCAUCAAGAUGAAGGAGAGGUCGUCGAGCAGGUCAUUGAAUGGCCUCAACAUCCCAAUGAAGACGAUGAUCCCUUAACCGCAGUGCGCGAUGAGGAAGGCCCCCCAACUGCGAUUCGCGUCCCUUGUGAAACUCCGACUCGCACUGUCACCCACCAAGACAGCCCUAUGACUGCAACCUUUGAAGCAGUUCAAGAAAUCCCGCAUUCUGCGACUGUGCACGAGUAUGAAGAGAGCUACGAUCAGGAAAUGCAGGAACGUGCUGCGGCUAGUCUAGACCGAACCAGUGUCUGGCUUGCAGCUCAGGUAUCUUACAUGUCUGCUUUGAGUGAGACAAAUCCCAUGAAUGAGACUGUUGCUACACCUGCUACCGAGGUGGAAGAAGAGGAGGACGAUUCGGAGCUGCUGGACACUCAACCUAAGAAAUCUGUCCGGUUCGCUGAGGGUACUCCAUUGGCUCCCAGCCCUCUACCUCCGAUGCUUGCCAGCAAAGACUCGAUUUACUGGCGUGGAUUCCAGUCCAUUCUGGAUCGAGGUGAUACACCUGAUGGCUUCAUGCACCGCAACAUGCGUUACGAUGCUGUGCAGUCAUUCCGUUUGGGAUUGGUGGACAACCACAUCAACUGCCUCACAGGAAAAUACGAGCUUGUUCUACCAGAGCGACCUGCAUACAAGGGACCAUUCUCUAAGGCACCCCGGAACUCCACAAUCACAACAGAGCUGGCAGACAAGGCUCAGUUUGCGAAGCUAGAGAAGGAGCAGCUCGUCCUCGCCCAGCUCUGUGAGCCUAUGUGGGCGAUGGAGGCCCUCCGCGCUCUCAACGGUGGCAAGCUUCUCACAAGUCCUGCUGCAAACCGCCUUGCACUGACCAAUAAACCACCACUCGACCCGCAAGCCCCGCCCAAGCGUGCCCUUCGUAUCCUUGAUCUUGGUGGUCAAGGGUCAUGUGAAUGGGCAUGGCAUAUAGCUCAUGAGUUCCCGAAUACGAAGGUUUAUUCCGUCAACAACAAGAAACAAAUCAUCAACAGCGGAAUUAAGGGACCGUCAAAUCACCGUGUGAUCUCCGUCGCCAAUCUCUGGGAACUUCCAUUUGGCGCCAACAAGUUCGACGUCAUCACUACACGUUCCUUGCACGCUCUGCUGAAGACAGAAUGUCCCACCGGUUUCGAUCAAGACGAGUACGACCUUGUCUUGAAAGAAUGUCUCCGUGUGUUGAAGCCGGGCGGCUUUUUUGAGUACAUGCUGUUAGACGCUGAGAUUUCCCGCGCAGGCACCCAGUCUAGUGCCUCGUCGGUUGAGUUUGCUUUCAAUUUGCGUAAUCGCGGUUAUGAUCCUGCAGCAUCAAAGACCUUCCUUGCCCGUCUGCGCGACACUGGAUUUGUCGGCAUGAAGCGUGCUUGGAUGUUUCUACCAAUGGGCAUGGAGCCAAUUGAGCCUGAACCUCCUCGGGAGACUCCAGCACCUCGCGUGCAGAGCCACAUCGAGGAUUACGAGGCUGUCCAAGGACCUAUUGGUAGCACCUCAGACAUUGCCAGCAUUUCGGGAUUGCUCGGAGGUUGGAUGUGGGAGCAAUGGCUGGUUCAAUUCCGGAUGGAGAUGGGUCGAGAGCGAGAUAAGUUGCUGGAGGGUGUCGGGGCGAUCUUUGAUGAGGGGCGGAAGAAUGGUGCGGGUUGGACAUGUCUCUCUGGCUGGGCGAUGAAGCCCAAGGUUGUGAAGAAGAUGCCACAGAUGACACAGAUUUCUUGGUUAUAA